UUCCCCUGCGCGCCUGCCGGCGGCGGCGGUGGCGGCGUCGGCAAUCCCGGCUCUUGGCACAACGCCUGGCGGCCGGCCCAGGGCGAGGAGUGGCUUCCAGGAAGCGGGCGGAGGAGCGUUCCAGCCGAGUCUCGCCGUCGCCGCGGCCCCGCGCGCUCUGAGCGGCCCAGGCCCGGCCACACACUGGGUCUCUUCGCGCCCCCGGCGCCUCCGGCUCAAGCCCAGGGCGCGGUGCCGACGCGCAGGGGGACGGGCGUCUGGGCGCGCCGUGCACUUGCCGGGCGGUGCAGGUGGCGGCGCGCGCCUUUCGCCUCUGGGCCGGGUCCAGCGCCGCGCUCUGCGCGCCCGAAGGGGGCGGGAGAGGCGGGGCAGCCCCGGUCCCAGCCCCAUUUAAUUUCGCGGCGGCGGCGGUGGCGACUGCGGCGCCGCGGGCUGGAGGCCGGCGUCGGGGAAGGUCCGGGUCCCGGAUUCCGCACGAGGUGUUGACUGGCGGCAUCUGCCAGCUUCUCCCCCGCGCGCGCCGAGCCCCAGCGGCCCUGGGGCUGCACAUCCCAGAUACUUCUGCGGCGCAAGGCUACAACUGAGACCCAGAGGAGACCAGACCCCAUGGCUUCCUGGACGAGCCCCUGGUGGCUGCUGGUAGGGAUGGUCUUCAUGCACUCUACCCUGCAGGAGACCACAGCUGAGAAAUCUCCUGGAGCCUAUUUCCUUCCCGAGUUUGCACUCUCUCCUCAGGGAAGUUUUCUGGAAGACACAACAGGGGAGCAGUUCCUCACUUACCGCUAUGACGACCAGACCUCAAGAAACACUCGUUCAGAUGAAGACAAAGAUGGCAACUGGGAUGCUUGGGGCGACUGGAGUGACUGCUCCCGGACCUGCGGGGGAGGAGCGUCAUAUUCUCUGCGGAGGUGUUUGACCGGAAGGAAUUGUGAAGGGCAGAACAUUCGUUACAAGACAUGCAGCAAUCAUGACUGCCCUCCAGAUGCAGAAGAUUUCAGAGCCCAGCAGUGCUCAGCCUACAAUGAUGUCCAGUAUCAGGGGCAUUAUUAUGAAUGGCUUCCACAAUAUAAUGAUCCUGGUGCGCCGUGUGCACUCAGGUGUCAUGCACGAGGACAAAACUUGGUGGUGGAGCUGGCACCUAAGGUACUGGAUGGAACUCGUUGCAACACGGACUCCUUGGACAUGUGUAUCAGUGGCAUCUGUCAGGCAGUGGGCUGUGAUCGGCAACUGGGAAGCAAUGCCAAGGAGGACAACUGUGGAGUCUGUGCGGGUGAUGGCUCCACCUGCAGGCUCGUACGAGGACAAUCGAAGUCACACGUUUCUCCUGAAAAAAGAGAAGAAAAUGUAAUAGCAGUUCCUUUGGGGAGUCGAAGUGUGAGAAUUACAGUGAAAGGACCUGCCCACCUCUUUAUUGAAUCAAAAACACUUCAAGGAAGCAAAGGAGAACACAGCUUUAACAGCCCUGGCGUCUUUGUUGUAGAAAACACAACAGUGGAAUUUCAGAGGGGCUCCGAGAGGCAAACCUUUAAGAUUCCAGGACCUCUGAUGGCUGAUUUCAUCUUCAAGACCAGGUACACUGCAGCCAAAGACAGCGUGGUUCAAUUCUUCUUUUACCAGCCCAUCAGUCAUCAGUGGAGACAAACUGACUUCUUUCCCUGCACUGUGACAUGUGGAGGAGGUUAUCAGCUCAAUUCUGCUGAAUGUGUGGAUAUCCGCUUGAAGAGGGUAGUUCCUGACCAUUAUUGUCACUACUACCCUGAAAAUGUAAAACCAAAACCAAAACUGAAGGAAUGCAGCAUGGAUCCCUGCCCAUCAAGUGAUGGAUUUAAAGAGAUAAUGCCCUACGACCACUUCCAACCUCUUCCUCGCUGGGAACAUAAUCCUUGGACUGCAUGUUCCGUGUCUUGUGGAGGAGGGAUUCAGAGACGGAGCUUUGUGUGUGUAGAGGAAUCCAUGCAUGGAGAGAUAUUGCAGGUGGAAGAAUGGAAGUGCAUGUAUGCACCCAAACCCAAGGUUAUGCAAACUUGUAAUCUGUUUGAUUGCCCCAAGUGGAUUGCUAUGGAGUGGUCUCAGUGCACAGUGACUUGUGGCCGAGGGUUACGGUACCGGGUUGUUCUGUGUAUUAACCACCGUGGAGAGCACGUUGGGGGCUGCAAUCCACAACUGAAAUUACACAUCAAAGAAGAAUGUGUCAUUCCCAUCCCGUGUUAUAAACCAAAAGAAAAAAGUCCAGUGGAAGCAAAAUUGCCUUGGCUGAAACAAGCACAAGAACUAGAAGAGACCAGAAUAGCAACAGAAGAACCAACGUUCAUUCCAGAACCCUGGUCAGCCUGUAGUACCACGUGUGGGCCAGGUGUUCAGGUCCGCGAGGUGAAGUGCCGUGUGCUCCUCACAUUCACGCAGACUGAGACUGAGCUGCCUGAGGAAGAGUGUGAAGGCCCCAAGCUGCCCACAGAACGGCCCUGUCUCCUGGAAGCAUGUGAUGAGAGCCUGGCCUCCCGAGAGCUGGACAUCCCUCUCCCUGAGGACAGUGAGAUGACUUAUGACUGGGAGUAUGCUGGGUUCACCCCUUGCACAGCAACAUGUUUGGGAGGCCAUCAAGAAGCCAUAGCAGUGUGCUUACACAUCCAGACCCAGCAGACAGUCAAUGACAGCUUGUGUGAUAUGGUCCACCGUCCUCCAGCCAUGAGCCAGGCCUGUAACACAGAGCCCUGUCCCCCCAGGUGGCACAUGGGCUCUUGGGGGCCCUGCUCAGCUACCUGUGGAGUUGGAAUUCAGACCCGAGAUGUGUACUGCCUGCACCCAGGGGAGACCCCUGCCCCUCCUGAGGAGUGCCGAGAUGAAAAGCCCCAUGCUUUACAAGCAUGCAGUCAGUUUGACUGCCCUCCUGGCUGGCACAUUGAAGAAUGGCAGCAGUGUUCCAGGACUUGUGGCGGGGGAACUCAGAAUAGAAGAGUCACCUGUCGGCAGCUGCUAACAGAUGGCAGCUUUUUGAAUCUCUCAGAUGAAUUGUGCCAAGGACCUAAGGCGUCGUCUCACAAGUCCUGUGCCAGGACAGACUGUCCUCCACAUUUAGCUGUGGGAGACUGGUCGAAGUGUUCUGUCAGUUGUGGUGUUGGAAUCCAGAGAAGAAAGCAGGUGUGUCAAAGGCUGACAGCCAAAGGCCGGCGCGUCCCCCUCAGUGAGAUGAUGUGCAGGGAUCUACCAGGGCUCCCUCUUGUAAGAUCUUGCCAGAUGCCUGAGUGCAGUAAAAUCAAAUCAGAGAUGAAGACAAAACUUGGUGAGCAGGGUCCUCAGAUCCUCAGUGUCCAGAGAGUGUACAUUCAGACAAGGGAAGAGAAGCGUAUUAACCUGACCAUUGGUAGCAGAGCCUAUUUGCUGCCCAACACAUCCGUGAUUAUUAAGUGCCCAGUGCGACGAUUCCAGAAAUCUCUGAUCCAGUGGGAGAAGGAUGGCCAUUGCCUGCAGAACUCCAAACGGCUUGGCAUCACCAAGUCAGGCUCACUAAAAAUCCACAGUCUUGCCACCCCUGACAUUGGCGUGUACCGGUGCAUUGCAGGCUCUGCACAGGAAACCGUUGUGCUCAAGCUCAUUGGUACUGACAACCGGCUCAUCGCACGCCCAACCCUCAGGGAGCCUAUGAGGGAAUAUCCUGGGAUGGACCACAAUGAAGCCAAUAAUUUGGGAGUCACAUGGCAUAAAAUGAGGCAAAUGUGGAAUAACAAAAAUGACCUUUAUCUGGAUGAUGACUACAUUAGUAACCAGCCUUUCUUGAGAGCUCUGUUAGGCCACUGCAGCAGUUCUGCAGGAAACACCAACUCCUGGGAGUUGAAGAAUAAGCAGUUUGAAGCAGCAGUUAAACAAGGAGCAUAUAGCAUGGAUACAGCCCAGUUUGAUGAGCUGAUAAGAAACAUGAGUCAGCUCAUGGAAACCGGAGAGGUCAGCGAUGAUCUUGCGUCCCAACUAAUAUAUCAGCUGGUGGUCGAAUUAGCCAAGGCACAGCCAACACACAUGCAGUGGUGGGGCAUCCAGGAAGAGAUGCCUCCUGCUGCUCAGCUCAGGGGGGAAACAGGAAGUGUGUCCCAAAGCUCGAAUGCAAAAAACUCAGGCAAGCUGACAUUCAAGCUGAAAAGACCUGUUCUCAUGAGGCAAAGCCAACCUCCCUCAAUUUCAUUUAAUAAAACGAUAAAUUCCAGGAUUGGAAAUACAGUAUACAUUACAAAAAGGACAGAGGUCAUCAAUAUACUGUGUGACCUUAUUACCCCUGGUGAGGCCACAUAUACAUGGACCAAGGAUGGGACCUUGUUACAGCCUUCAGUAAAAAUAAUUUUGGAUGGAACUGGGAAGAUACAGAUACAGAAUCCUACAAGGAAAGAACAAGGCAUAUACGAAUGUUCUGUAGCUAAUCAUCUUGGUUCAGAUGUGGAAAGUUCUUCUGUGCUGUAUGCAGAGGCACCUGUCAUCUUGUCUAUUGAAAGAAAUAUCACCAAACCAGAGCACAACCAUCUGUCUGUCAUGGUUGGAGGCAUUGUGGAGGCAGCCCUUGGAGCAAACGUGACAAUCCGGUGUCCUGUAAAAGGUGUCCCUCAGCCUAAUAUAACUUGGUUGAAGAGAGGAGGAUCUCUGAGUGGCAACGUUUCCUUGCUUUUCAAUGGAUCCCUAUUGUUGCAGAAUGUUUCCCUUGAAAAUGAAGGAACCUACGUCUGCACAGCCACCAAUGCUCUUGGAAAGGCAGUGGCAACAUCUGUACUCCACUUGCUGGAACGAAGAUGGCCAGAGAGUAAAAUCGUAUUUCCCCAAGGACAUAAGAAGUACGUUCUCCAGGCAACCAACACUAGAACCAACAGCAGUGACCCAACAGGAGAACCCCUGCCUCAAGAACCUUUUUGGGAGCCUGGUAACUGGUCACAUUGUUCUGCCACCUGUGGUCAUUUGGGAGCCCGUAUUCAGAGACCCCAGUGUGUGAUGGCCAAUGGGCAGGAAGUGAGUGAGGCCUUGUGUGAUCACCUCCAGAAGCCACUGGCUGGGUUUCAGCCCUGUAACAUCUGGGACUGCCCAGCGAGGUGGUUCACAAGCAUGUGGUCACAGUGCUCUGUGUCUUGCGGUGAAGGAUACCACAGUCGGCAGGUGAUGUGCAAGCAGACAAAAGCCAAUGGAACUGUGCAGGUGGUGUCUCCAAGAGCGUGUGCCCCUAAAGACAGGCCUCUGGGAAGAAAACCAUGUUUUGGUCAUCCAUGUGUUCAGUGGGAACCAGGGAACCAGUGUUCUGGACGUUGCAUGGGCCAUGCCGUGAGGAUGCACCAGCAUCACACAGCUUGUCAACACAACGGCUCUGACUCCAACUGUGAUGACAGAAGGAGACCCACCUUUAGAAGGAACUGCACAUCAGGGGCCUGUGAUGUGUGUUGGCAUACAGGCCCUUGGAAGCCCUGUACAGCAGCCUGUGGCAGGGGCCUCCAGUCUCGGAAAGUCGACUGUAUCCACACAAGGAGUUGCAAACCUGUGGCCGAGAGACACUGUGUGCAGAAAAAGAAACCAGUUUCCUGGCGGCACUGUCUUGGGCCUUCCUGUGAUAGUACGUACACCUCCCAGGAGACUGCACAGACACAACUCACUACUGUAUGUUUGUAAAACAUCUUAAUUUGUGUUCUCUAGACCUCUACAAACAAAGGUGCUGCCAGUCAUGUCAAGAGGGAUAAACCUUUGGAGGGGUCACGAUGCUGCUGUGAAGAUAAAAGUAGAAUAUAAAAGCUGUUUUCCCCAUGUCGCAGAUUCAAAAACAUAUAUUUCUUAAAAGACUAGAUUCUAUGGAUCCAACAGAGGUUGAUGCAAAAACACCACUGUUAAGAUUAAAGUGAAAUUUUACCAUGGUAGUUUUAUAUUCCAAUUUUUUAAAAUGAUGUAUUCAAGGAUGAACAAAAAUACUAUAGCAUGCAUGCCACUUCUCUUGGGACCUCAUCAUAUCAGUUGAAUCAAGAAAUCACCAAGAUUAUGAGCGCAUCAUCAUGUGUUGCCUCUUUCCUGUGAUUUGUAGACUAGCACAGAGUGGUACAUCCUAAAAACCUGGGAAACACAGCAACUGAUGACUUCCUCUUCUCUCAAGUUGCAGGUUUUCAUCAGGUUUAUAAGGUAUUCGCAUUUUAGAAUCUCUGGCCAGUAGUUGUUAAGAUGUUGGCAUUGAUGGCAUUUUCAUAGAUCCUUAAGUUUAGUCUGUGAAAAAGAGACCAUCUGUCUGGAUAGGCUGUCACACUGACUGACCCAAGGAUUCGUGGAGGCAUGGCAUCUUGUCCUUGCUUUUAGAACACCCACGGAAGAAAAAACAGUAGAUAUUGCUGCCAGUUGUACAACUACAGAAAUCUAUCUAUGACCAAGUGAGGCAUCUUGGAAGUCAAAGAAGAGGGGAAGUUAACCUUUUCUACUGAUUUUGUAGUAUAUUCAAAGCUUUCUUUUAAGAGCUGUGAAUGAAACUUUUUCUAAGCACUAUUCUAUUGCACACAAACAGAAAACCAAAGCCUUAUUAGACCUAAUUUAUGCAUAAAGUAGUAUUCCUGAGGAUUUUAUUUUGGAAAAUGUGUAAGAAAGUAAUCCAAAUAAGAAACACGAUAGUUGAAAAUAAUUUUUAUAGUAAAUACUUGUUUUGGGCUGAUUUUUCAGUAAAUCCAAAGUGAAUUAGGUUAGAAGUUACACUAAGGACUAGGGGUUGGAGCCAGGAUUUAGUUUAAGAUUUGGGGGAAAGGGUAAGGGUUAGUUUCAGUUUUAGGAUUAGAGCUAGAAUUGGGUUAGGUGAGAAAGGAAGUUAAGGUUAAGGCUACAGUCGGCUUUAAGGGUAAGGGUUAGGAACAGGUUAGGUCAGGGUUGGACUGGGUUUGAUUGGGGCCAGUGCUGGUGUUAGUGAUAGUGUCAGGAUGGAGGUUAGGUUUGGAGUAAGUGUUGUUGCUGAAGUGAGUUCAGGCUAGCAUUAAAUUGAAAAUUCUGAAGCUGAUUUGGUUAUGGGGUCUUCCCCAUGUGUACUACCAGUUGUGUCUUUAGAUGGCACACAAGUCCAAAUAAGUGGUCAUACUUCUUUAUUCAGGGUCUCAGCUGCCUGUACACCUGCUGCCUACAUCUUGGCAACAAAGUUACCUGCAGCAGGCUGUGCUGGGCCUAGUCCCUGGUCAGUAAUAACUGAACAGUGCAUUUUGGCUUUGGAUGUGUCUGUGGACAAGCUUGCUGAGUUUCUCUACCGUAUUCUGAGCACACAGUCUCUUUUGUUCUAACUGCAGCCUCACUGACACUGGGAUGAGCACUACUGUAUGUGGAGGGUUUGGUGAUUGGGAAUGGAUGCGGGACAGUGAGGAGGACACACCAGCCCAUGAGUUGUUAAUCAUCAAUCACAUUUGAUUGUUGAAGGUUAUUAAAUUAAAAGAAAGACCAUUUGUAACAUACUCUUUGUAUAUAUUUAUUAUAUGAAAGGUGCAAUAUUUUAUUUUGUACAGUAUGUAAUAAAGACAUGGGACAUAUAUUUUUCUUAUUAACAAAAUUUCUUAUUAAAUUGCUUCACUUUGUAUUUAAAGUUAAAAGUUACUAUUUUUCAUUUGCUAUUGUACUUUCAUUGUUGUCAUUCAGUUGACAUUCCUGUGUACUGUAUUUUACUACUGUUUUUAUAACAUGAGAGUUAAUGUUUCUGUUUCAUGAUCCUUAUGUAAUUCAGAAAUAAAUUUACUUUGAUUA